AUGGGAGCAUGUGCAUUAUCCACAGCAAAGCUGCUCUACCUGGACAUCUAGAAGGUUAGCAAGCAGCUGGCCACCAGCAUCAAGGAGGCCACCCAUUGCCGCAAUGAGUUCUUUACAACCUACAUCUUCCUGUCAUCUGCCCACCUGUACCACCAGGUGGAGAUGCAGACCAAAACAUGUAUCACAGACUUCGGGGGCACAGCCAUUGAACCACUGGACCAGGAGGUGGUGGCAGAUCCUGGUGCUGAGCUACUAGGUAAGGCCACCAUCUUUAUCAUGGGCAGAGGCUGCCUGGUCCUGGACUACUGCAGUCACCAGACACAGCAGCACAAGGAAUAGGAGCAGCAGGUACCUUAGGUUCUCUUGGAUGAGGUAGGACACCUGGUGCUGGUACUGGAGACACUGAAGGUUCAGACACUACCAAUGCUGUUUGCCCUGGAAGAGUUGUGAGCUAAGCUGAAGGAGUUGCACACCCAGGUCUGAAAUGUGUACUUCAGUCUCAAAUGCCAGGCAGCAUCUUCAUCCAAGAAAUAG